CAAAGUACUUCCGGUUCCGGGUUUCAUCCCAUGUUGCGUUUGUUAUUGAAUAUUGUUGGACCUUGUCAAUGUAUCGUUAUUUUGAAAUAAUAUUUGUCGAUUUCAUGUCCGCAAACACGUCAAAUGUUUUUUCGUAGAUUAUGUCAACUGCGUUCCGCUUUUUCCUUCCUGGUUUACAACAAUUUGAAACGUGAACAGUGGAGGUCAGUAGCAGGAUUCACUUGUGGAAAAUAUGCCUCCUUAGCGGGGACACCUCGCCGGAGGAUCUGGCCGUUAAGGUGUCACUUUCACAGCGAUGUGGGUGACUUGUAUGAAAAGGAUGCUGUUCAAAUGUAUAUCCGGCAACUCAUGGAGGACCACAAAACUUUGGGCCAAAAGUUGGACCGUUCAAACAUAAGCGAAGCUGACAGGAAAGCGAUGGUCAAGAAACAUGCUGAGCUACAGCCUUUGGCAAAUGUCUUUUACAAUGUGGAACGGGCGAUGGAAGAUCUUGAUGAAGUGCAAUCGAUUUUACGUUCCCCGACUGGUUCCAAAGAUGAAACAGAGCAGUUUUCCCAGCUGCUGAAAGAAGAGGAAGCGCUGAUCUUGGACAGGAUUUCACGCUUAAAAAAAGAGUUACUCAAAGCUCUUAUGCCAAGGGAUGCCCUGGACUCUAGCAAUGUUCUACUGGAAAUCGUUUCAGGACGAACGACGGGAGGCGAUAUAUGUCAGCAAUUCAGCAGAGAAAUGUUUGACAUGUACCAGGGUUUUGCCGCUUACAAGAACUGGGAUUUUGAGAUGUUGAACUACACUCCUGCUGAAUAUGGUGGUUUGCAUCACGCGGCUGUGCGGAUAGCUGGUGAGGACGUGUACAGAUAUCUCAAGCAUGAGGGGGGAACACACAGAGUGCAGAGGAUUCCUGAGGUGGGUCUUUCCUCAAGGAUGCAGCGCAUUCACACUGGAACUAUGACUGUCAUUAUCCUACCUCAGCCUGUUGAGGUGGAUGUCAUCAUCAACCCUAAAGAGCUGCGUGUUGACACAUUCCGAUCUCGAGGUGCUGGGGGUCAAAGUGUCAACACCACUGACAGCGCAGUGCGCAUUGUUCACCUUCCCUCAGGUAUUACAGCAGAAUGUCAACAGACUCGCUCUCAACUGCAAAACAGAGAAACUGCUAUGCGCAUGCUAAAGGCCAGACUCUACCAGCGUAUGAUGGGUAAAGAGACUGAGCAGAAGCUUUUAGCCCGUAAGCAACAGGUGGGAACUCGCUCACAGUCGGACAGGAUUCGCACGUACAAUUUCAGCCAGGAUCGAAUCACAGACCACCGGAUAGGCUACAUUUGCAGAGAUAUUAAGGAGUUCAUGCGAGGAGGUGAAGCGCUUGAUGAGCUCAUCACUGCCGUACUUGAACACUUGGAAAGGGAGGCUCUUCUGGACCUGGUGGAGAACAGCAGAAGCACUUUGCACACUUCUGCAGAAUGAAACUAAGGAUGUUAAAUUUCACAAAGUCAAAGCAUCCCAUGUUAUUGCUCCUUUUUUUUUUGUCGUAAAAUCGAGCAAAAAUUUCCAGGUUUUGUGGGAUUACCAUUCAUUUCAAAUAAUUAUAAACAUAUUGAAAUUGCUCAUCUAAUUCUUGUUACUGAUUAAAACCCACAAGAAAUUCUCCAUUCACCUUUCACUUUGACCCACAAAAAAAAAUUAAUGGACCCACAGAAAUUAUAUAAAUCAUUAUAUUUGACCCCCCAAAAUGAACAGGAAAUGACCCAAAUCCACGAGAAGAGACCCAGAAAUGCCCUGAAAUCCACAAAUCUAGAGUUUAUCAACAGCCACACUCGUUUGCAAUUUACUGUACAUGAUCAUGCUUGUUUUCCUCAAGCAAAAUAUAAAAAUACGGUAAGAACUAAUGUGAAAACAAUUGGUAACUAUUAUAGAUACUUUGUGUAAAAAAGGUUUUAUUUGCCUUAAUAUUUUUAGACACUAAUGUGGAAGUUGUCAUUUUUUUGCUGCUCUAUACAGUCCUACUACCAUUUGAUCAUGAACCUCCUGCAUAUGUUCAUAGGCAAGAGUUAAAUAAACUAGAUAGAAAAUAAUUA